GAGCCCGAGCGGGAGGAGCGCCGGGCGUGUAGCCCUCUCGGCGGCACACGCGAGCCUGGCCGACGGACCGACGGACCGAGUUCCAGGGUACCGCUCCCGAGUCGUCCCGGGCGCCGCUCCUCGGGGGGAGCGCCGUGGUGGGGCUCGCCAGGGCCCCAGAGCCCUAAGGCCGGGCAACUCUUCGGGAGGGACUCCGGCGGAGGGUCCUGGGGGCUUCUGGGGACUCCCGGAGGCGGGCGGGUGCGCGGUUUGUUCCUCCGCUCAGUAUUCAGGAGCUCGGGGUUCCUGUAGCGGCCGCCGGAAGGCGGGCCCCGCCGUCUUUCCUCAGGGUCCCGCCUGUUGGGAGGCCGAAGCGGAAACGCCCCCAACCCCUUGUUCUCUUCGGGGCCUUUAGUUGGGGCGGGAGUACUGCGGACAAAGCCAGCCAGCCGGCGGCGCUGGCCGAAGCGGGCUCCUAGAGAUUCCUGACUCAAAAGAUGCCGAGUAGACUCUUCGGACGCCUCUAGAUUCCGCCCUGGAGUCUCGCGCUCUCAGCUCAGGAGGGGAAGGCGUUGUUUGGAGAAACGACACCAAGUCGCCCAAGUCCCCUGGAAUCCAGAAGGGUUGCUGCUUCCUUGGCCAGGGCACUUACUCCUCUAUCCUCUCUCCCUCUGCAAAACUGGCAGAUGAGGCCCCAGAGCACCCUGGUGAGGCCAGAGGGCUGGAUAUUUGUUCUGGUCUCUGGGGCCCUGCCUCUUUAGCAGACAGAUGUGGUUGGGGCUUGGCCCUAUCACUGACCAGCUGGGUGGCGCUCAGCAAGCCUCUUCCUCUCGGACCCUCAGUGUCUUACAUCGGAAAACACAGUCCUGGGGCCUCUGUCACAGGGUUGUGGUGCUGACUCGGAAAGAGUCCAGGAAUGGAUGGGGCAACUUCAGGAGGAGCCCCUCUGGGAGUGAUAUAGCUUUUGUCAUCUUAUAAGACAAAGUGGUCCUGUCUGGAAGAUUCCAACUGCCUGAACGAGGGCUUCCACUCCAGCUGUGUAGAGACCUGGGAGUAGUAUGGGUGGACAGGACUCACAUUUUGAGGAGCUGAAGGCAGAAUAAGCCCUGAGGACUUGUGGUUUUGAAGCCCUUGGGCCUCUAUCAGGACCAUCCCUGCCUCCCCCCGCCACCCAGUGGACUGGGCAUACAUGGGGUGCCGUUUAAGGACCUGUCUUUGCUCUGGGCCUCGAGAAGACCCUCAGUAGAGCAGCCUGAGAAGGCUGCAUUGUAGGUGUGGGGGAGAGACAUAGGGAAGUCUAGUGGGCUUUAUCACUCAGGGCCCACUUGGAUUUUCAGAUCUUCACAGAGACACCCCCCCCAAGCUCCUCUUGAUGUGAUAUGGGCAAGGUCAUUUCCAAGAUGCCAUAGUGAGUGCCGGGAUGGACCAGCCUUGCACCCCUGGGUCCUAACUAUCCCCUUCUGGCUGGGUUUCCUUGGGGGAGAUUCUGGACAUUGAGACAUGCUGAUGCCUGUGGGCAAAACUUUGCUGGGGAGCCAGGCCCCAGGCCAGCCCCUCCCCCCCCAGCCUCAUUGUGGUGACACUGGAAGGCUAGGUGGAGGGACAAAGUGAUUGAGGCAGUUAGGGUGACCUGAAUUCAAAUCUCAGUUCCAUGGCCUGUUGCUAGAUGGUUUGGAGCAAGUGACUUUACCUCCCUGCACUCCAGUUUCUUCCUCUGGAUGAUGGAGGAAUAAAUGUGAUCACCUCAUGGGAUUGGAGUGAGCUCUAAGGCACCUGCAGCAGCUGGGAGGAUGGCCCCCACAAGUCUCAUGGCUGCCAUUGAGAGGAGUUGGCCUGGAAGGUGGGGGCUGGACAGUGAGACCAGUGAAUUUGGGAGGCUGGUGCAGGUGGGGGGCAUAUCUCCUCACCUGGCCCCAUGCACCACCACAGCCCUAUGGAAGAAACUGGGGCCUUCUGGCCCCCAGAGCUAUGGUUUUCUCAGUCUAGAAGCUGGGUCAGGAGGCCAGGCCUGUGGGCUGCUUCCCCAUCCUGCUUUGUUCCUGGGAGGGUUGUCCAUCCCUCGGAAUAUCCUCAAGGGCAGAGGCGAAAGCCUGGAUUUGGCCAGAACUCAGUGCCAGGAAGGUCUGCACAGCCAAGCAGACCCCUGCCCUCCUGGGGAACUACUGGGCUUUGUGCUGAGAGUCACAGAUGGCACCCAGGAACUCAGGACCGUGGGAAGGGACAUCUCAGAAGCAGCUUCAUAAGAGAGCUGAUGUCAGCUGUGUCUCAUGUGCACCCAGACCUCCUGCCUCCUGAGGUCUGCAGUCUCCUGAACCCAGCGGCCAUCUAUGCCAACAACGAGAUCAGCCUGCGUGAUGUCGAGGUCUACGGCUUCGACUAUGACUACACCCUGGCCCAGUAUGCAGACACGCUGCACCCAGAGAUCUUCACUGCCGCCCGUGACAUCCUGAUUGAGCACUACAAGUACCCGGAGGGGAUUCGAAAGUAUGACUACAACCCCAGCUUUGCCAUCCGUGGCCUCCACUAUGAUAUUCAGAAGAGUCUUCUGAUGAAGAUUGACGCCUUCCAUUAUGUGCAACUGGGGACAGCCUACAGGGGCCUUCAGCCUGUACCAGACGAAGAGGUGAUCGACCUAUAUGGGGGCACCCAGCACAUCCCACUGUACCAGAUGAGUGGCUUCUAUGGCAAGGGUCCUUCCAUCAAGCAGUUCAUGGACAUCUUCUCGCUGCCAGAGAUGGCACUGCUCUCCUGCGUGGUGGACCACUUCCUGGGCCAUGGCCUGGAGUUUGACCAAGCACACCUCUAUAAGGAUGUGACGGACGCCAUUCGAGAUGUGCACGUGAAGGGCCUUAUGUACCAGUGGAUCGAGCGGGACAUGGAGAAGUACAUCCUGCGAGGGGAUGAGACAUUCGCCGUUCUGAGCCGCCUGGUGGCGCACGGGAAACAGCUGUUCCUCAUCACCAACAGUCCUUUCAGCUUCGUGGACAAGGGGAUGCGGCACAUGGUGGGUGCCAACUGGCGCCAACUCUUCGACGUGGUCAUCGUCCAGGCAGACAAGCCCAGCUUCUUCACCGACCGGCGCAAGUAUGGGCCUGGCAGGGGCGAUGGGCCCAGGGAGUGGGGACUGGCCUCUGCUUGCCGCCCUGUGUGCCUGGGGUGGGGGCACCCCCUUGCUGAUGGGCAGGCCUUUCAACCCACCCUAGGCCUUUCAGAAAACUUGAUGAGAAGGGCUCACUGCAUUGGGACCGUAUCACCCGCCUGGAAAAGGGCAAGAUCUAUCGUCAGGAAGUGGCUCCCAGGGCCUGGCCCAAUUGCUUGGCCUCUCUGUGCUGUGCUUUCCUCGUCUGUAAAAGAGGGAAACCUGUUUGACUUCCUGCGUCUGACGGAAUGGCGAGGCCCCCGUGUGCUCUACUUCGGAGACCACCUCUACAGUGACCUGGCGGAUCUCAUGCUGCGUCACGGCUGGCGCACAGGUGCCAUUAUCCCUGAGCUGGAGCGAGAGAUCCGCAUCAUCAACACGGAGCAGUACAUGCACUCGCUGACGUGGCAGCAGGCACUCACGGGGCUACUGGAGCGUAUGCAGACCUACCAGGAUGCCGAGUCUCGGCAGGUGCUGGCCGCCUGGAUGAAGGAGCGGCAGGAGCUGAGGUGCAUCACCAAGGCCCUGUUCAAUGCGCAGUUCGGGAGCAUCUUUCGCACCUUCCACAACCCCACCUACUUCUCGCGGCGCCUGGUGCGCUUCUCCGACCUCUACAUGGCCUCCCUCAGCUGUCUGCUCAACUACCGCGUGGACUUCACCUUCUACCCGCGCCGCACGCCCCUGCAGCACGAGGCACCGCUCUGGAUGGAUCAGCUCUGCACCGGAUGCAUGAAGACACCCUUCCUUGGCGACAUGGCCCACAUCCGCUGAGGGUACCUUUAUUGUGUGGACCAGGCCCAGCCCCUGCUGUCCCCACCCACUCUGGGCAAUAAAAGCCGCCUCCCUCCUG